CUCUCUCUCUCUUAUAGUCUGGUAUUAUCUGAUUUUGCUGCAGCUGCUGUUCUCAUAACUUUUGGCUCCAUGCUAGGAAGGGCUAGUCCUUUCCAGCUGUUUGGUAUCGCUAUCUUUGAAGUUAUCUUCUACUCUGCUAAUAACGCCAUCAAUGAUCAUGUCUUUCGAGCGGCUGAUGUGGGCGGGUCAAUGAUAAUUCACUCGUUUGGAGCGUAUUUUGGUCUUGCAUGUUCUGUCAUUCUUCAAAGGAAGAAAGCCAUUGAACAUCCAAGAAAUUCAAGUGCCUAUCAUUCUGAUAUGUUCGCCAUGAUUGGUACUUUGUUUCUGUGGUUGUUCUGGCCCAGUUUCAACGGAGCCUUGGCUUCUGGUAAUGCUCAGUACAGAGCUAUCAUCAACACAUACUUCUCAAUGACCGGGAGUGUCAUUGCAACAUUUAUAUUCAGCAUGGCAUUGGAUGGGAAGAGAAAGUUGGACAUGGUAACUUCUCUC